GCUUUUUGACGCGGAAGAGAAAAGGUAAAGAAAAGAGGCUACUACCUUUUAGGUGGAAGAGAGAAGAAAUAGGAGGAGAAACCAUCUAUAACUUCGGUUCUUGGCUUCUUUCAGAUUUUCAAUUUUCUCAGAACCUCUAUCCUCAGUUGACCUCUCGAUUUGAGCAACGUGUAAAAAGAACAGAAAAGGCAGUGAUCAUGGGCUACGCACAGUUGGUUAUUGGCCCUGCAGGCAGGGGAAAGUCCACUUACUGCUCUAGUUUGCAUCAACAUUGUGAGACCACGUGGCGCACUAUCCAUAUUGUCAACUUGGAUCCUGCUGCCGAGAACUUCGACUAUCCAGUGGCUAUGGACAUUAGAGAACUCAUCUCACUAGAUGAUGUUAUGGAAGAACUAGGUCUCGGACCAAAUGGUGGCCUUAUGUAUUGCAUGGAACAUCUUGAAGAAAAUUUGGAUGAGUGGCUAACAGAAGAAUUGGACAACUACUUGGAUGAUGACUACCUAGUGUUUGACUGCCCAGGCCAGAUUGAACUUUUUUCACAUGUUCCUGUGCUGAAGAACUUUGUGGAACACCUAAAGCGUAAAAAUUUUAAUGUUUGUGUUGUGUAUUUACUUGAUUCUCAGUUUAUCACAGAUGUGACCAAAUUCAUAAGUGGUUGCAUGUCUUCACUCUCUGCUAUGGUUCAACUUGAACUACCCCAUGUUAACAUUCUCUCAAAAAUGGAUCUUGUGACAAACAAAAAGGAUGUUGAGAAUUACUUGGAUCCAGAGCCUCAGCUGUUACUAGCAGAGUUGAAUCAGCGAAUGGCUCCACAAUUUCAGAAGCUUAACAAAUCUUUGAUUGAAGUGGUGGACCAGUACAGCAUGGUGAGCUUUCUCCCUCUUGACUUGAGAAAAGUGAGCAGCAUACAGUACAUCUUAUCUCAGAUUGACAACUGCAUUCAGUAUGGAGAGGAUGCUGAUGUAAAGGUUAAAGAUUUCGACCCUGAGGAGGACGAUUAAAAAUUAAUUCUUCUUGACUCGUUCUAAAAGGAGCAAGGUCUUACUCAAAUCAACAAGUGUCUUUUUUGCGGGACUUAAUCUUUUUGAGGUUUACCUCUUGAAAUUGCCUCAUCUUCUCAUUAAGUUGUAAUUAUCCCCCGAAAGAUAUUUGAGGUAAAAAUCACUGCCGAUGUCGAAGCAUGUUAGAAAUGGACCUCAGUGGACUUUCCGGAUAUGACGUUUUAUGCGAGCUUUCGCGAAGAUUUCAGAUUCCUCUUUACUUUUUUGUUUAAAAUUUGGUUGACGUUGAAGCUAUUAUGCUUCUGCCAUUUCUUUUGUGGUAGAAUCAGUGUGCUGAUUAUUUUUCUUUCUAGGGAGUCUAAUGUAAUAGGGUUUAUUUGCUCUUAGCUCCUUGAAUUUCUGUUUAGAUCCAACAGUUAUGAAAAUAAGAAAAAGAGUGAUGAGUAAACAGGAAAUGAGGCUAGAACCAUCGCGUUCCAAACAUUGGUAUGUUCCAAACGUUGGUCUAGGAUUUAACAUAGAUUGUCAUUUUUCGUCUAGUAAUAUUUCAUUUUUCUUAA